GGCAUGCUGGGUAGGGUCCGUAGCUUGGUGGUCGCCACAACAACAGACAGGUGAGAAACUCGCACGACUUGGCGGCGUUUUCUCACCAUUCUAACUCUUCUGAGGGAAUCAGACCUAUACUGUUGCCUUAGAAACGUCCUAUAAACGUCCAAGAUUCAGAGAAGAGGGUCCUACAGUGCUUGUUGUUUUGUUUACUGCUUGUGUUUACCCCGAAUUCCUGGUUGUGGUGGUGAGAAGAGAAGAGAACAUGACUGAAGCAGCAGGUGAACCUAAGAAGGAGGAGGCGCACGACUUCAGACGUCUGCACAGCUAUCCGCUCAUUAGGCACUCAGACAUGAAUGAGGAGAUGAGAACAGAAGCCAUGGAGUUGUGUGUGACGGCCUGUGAGAAGUUUGCUACAAAUAACGAGACUGCUGCCCGUAUGGUGAAGGAGAGUAUGGAUAAGAAGUUUGGGUCGUCCUGGCAUGCUGUGGUGGGGGAGGGCUUCGGCUUUGAGAUCACACAUGAGGUCAAGAACCUUCUCUACAUGUUCUUUGGAGGGGAGAAGGCCAUCAUUGUUUGGAAGUGUUCAUAGAAUGGGAAUCAUCUUCUGUAUAGUGUGUUAGAUUAAAACCUAAAGUGCCUACUGCAACAUUCUUCAGUUCACUUAAAUACCAGUAUAAUGUAUAAAUUUGAUGCCAUUUGUCACCUGGUAAUGCUUAUAAUGGUAAGUCAGAGUUUGCCUUGGCCAAGUUGUGUCUUCAGAGCCAGGUCUGCAGUACAUAGACUCUCCAUGACUUGAUGGAAAUUUCUCAUUCGGCAGUGUUCUUCUUAAAGAUGUGAUUGGUUGUUCAGAAUAGUUUGACAGACUGAAGUUGGUUCUUCAGACUAUACAAUGUUGCCAGUUCUAUCUUGAACUCCAUGUAGCUUAGAUACAAGUUCAUGCAAAGAUGUACAGUGAGAUGACAUAACUUGGAAGUACAUGCACAUAUACGUUUAUGAAGGUUACUCAUCUGUGAAUAUAUUACACAUGUACUUGUAAAUCUUGGUUUGAUCAAUACACUGUUACAGUUUACAUGUUUUGACCACAUUCCAGCAAUCUUCACCAGUGGAAAGGGAGGAGUAAUUAAGGAAAGGGAGAUGAGGAUUGCUAGAUAGUGGUCAAAUCAUCUACAACUCUGCCUUAGCCAAGAUUCAGAAGUACAUGCACAUGUAAUGUCGAUACUGCCAUUGAUGAGAUGGAGAUCAAAUUUGCAUUAUUUUGUGAAAUACCUACUUACUACUGUGAAAUUUUAUGAGAUAUACAAAUGUAGCCUAGUUCUGCCUUGACAUGCACCCAGAUGUAAAUAUUUAUUUCACUACCAAGUUGAUAAGAAUUCUGAAAAAAAAUUGUCUGUAGCAAAUAAUUGUAUGUUUGAUAGGUGAAGGACAAUUAAAAUAUCAGUUUUCAAUCUGUUGCUGUUUUCUUUGUAGAGUAAGGUAAUUUUGUCAUCUAUAGUCUAUAUCAGCAGUUUUAAACUGUUUAAGUCUAGUAUUCACACUCAAAGUACGUAAUGUAUGG